UAUUCAGUAGGUGGCGGGAAUGCACCAUUUAAGUUGGUCUGCCAACCGCCACACUAGAAGAAGACGAAGAAGAAGAACCGACUGUGCUCAGAGUUUACAUUUCCUUGACGACGCGAUUUGUCAGAACGCUGCACAACACCACUCAAUCGAUUCAACAAACUCAUCGGUUUCAGCUUCACCCGCAGCGCUAAAUGUCACAUUCACAGAUGGAAGUGCUGAGCCCAUCAGUCCAAUGGUGACUGAUUCUAACAUCACUGAUCAGACUCCAUUGAGCACCGAUCUUAGCCCAUACCCCUUCACUUUUACUGAUAACGCACCUACUAAGCAGUCACGAUCAACAACAGAAGCGACUAAUGAGUUGAGGGCAGAAAUUAACUCUUCGUAUCCACUCAAACUCAACUCAAAUGACUCGUCUGCAACUGCUACACCGAAGGGUACAUUCACAGGUGGUAGUGCUGUUCUGCCCACUGAUGCCACCAUAGUGCCCAUCACAAGCCCAUCGGACUGCCUGUGUGAUGUCACACCUGACUUCUGUGACAUUGGAUGCUGUUGUGAUGUCAUGGACUGUGGUCUCCUGAACCUCAGCAAUGUGUUUAACAGCUGUGGCCAGGAUGUGAGGUUUGGCGUCUGUCUUGAGAGCUGGCUAAUGUUCAGAACACAAAUUGAUCCAGCACUGGUUACUCUCACUGGAAACCUCUUUUGUGUUCAGAGAGAAGAGGGUACUAUAUUUUCACUCACUGCACUCCAGUCCCUUACCCUUGCAAAAUUCUCUUAAGGCCCUGAUAUACUU